GAGAAGGAGAAGACUGAGGGGGGAGAGUAACAAUAAGGCAGAUGGAAAGGAGCCUGGAGAGGAUGAGAUCACCAGGAGUGUUGACGAAAAGAAGGGGGAUGGGGAGGACAUCGAGAAGGUAGAUCAGAAGAACGAGGGAAUUGAGAAAGAGACGGUGGAGAAGAGUGGCGAGAACGAGGAGCAGCCGCAGCCGCAGCCACAACAAGAGCCGGAGAAGCAGAAGUCGGAGGGGGGCGAUGAGGAAAAGGAGACGGAAAUGGGCGAUGGCCCAGCUGGUACUCUUGCUGUUAGUGAUGCACCCGAUGCGAACGCUGCCGAUGUCACCACAGCUACUUCCGGGAAUGCAGAUCCACACGAGGCAACUCCACCUUUGACAACGCCCAUCCAAGACCAGGCUCUUCAAGAGGAGAGACCCGGCCCAACGGAAUCGGACGUCGCGACCGCCGACGCGGAGACCAAGGACGUGGAUGAGACGCAGACCCCCUUGGGUAUUGAGCGACCGCAUGGCAACGAUGAGACUGGUGCCGACAGGGAAAAAGUGGAGUCUGGAUCUGAUGAAGUCACGCCUGAUGUGGAUGCGGGCCAGUUAGCUGUGCAUGAGGGGGAACCGGAGCAGGAGCCUAAGGAAGUAGAAGAUGCAACUCGUGGUAUUGGUUCCGAAGCCGAGAAAGCGAUUAGCGAUAAAGAUCUGCCGGUUCCUACAACUGAGGUCCCAACACAGGCCAAUGACGACUCGGUCGGUGGGACUCAGAGUAACGAGGCAAUCGAGACACCUGUAGAAAGUGCUGCAGCCCCUGCCCCCGAACCCUCCACUACGAUCGAUGCUGACCUUACUGCUGACCCGUUGCCAGAGGAUACCACUGAUUCUCUCAAUGUACCACCUCAGCCCGAAGAGGAGCAAACUCCAGGUGACCCUACCUCAGAACCCACCGUUGCGGCUCCUAGUGACGCGACUCCCGAUGCCCAUGAACCAUCCUCUGCAGACACUCCUCCGGAUCCACCGGUGGACGUCGCCUCGGAUACACCGAAAGACCCACUCCCGGACAUAUCUACAACGCCCAGCAAACCUGCACCUACCUCCAACCCAGCGGAGACUACCACAACCUCAGCCGAUGACGCGCCUACUGAUGAAGAACCCGCCCAUAGUGAAGCCGUGGCCCCCACACCCGACGCCCCGUCUACGGACACGACUGUGCCUCCUGCUAGCUUUCAAACUCUCAGUGCGGCAGCAGACCCCGUCCCGGCUCCCCCCGAAGACAAUACUCCAGCGCCGUCGAGUCCCGCUGGGACCAUCCGCCCAUCCUCCCCGAGAGCGCCUCUAGAGCCUAAGGAGUCUGAGGCCUCCCAGGGACCUCAGAAGGAACCAGAGACGCCUGCUACUCCUACCGGUCCUACCCAAAAAUCGCAUCCAACUGAACAACAGGCUCCCCAGCCCCCUCCACCAAAUCCUGAAGCCAACACAGUCCCAGCAACUCCGACGGAUGAUGGCUUCCGCACGAUCAUGCCGAACACCCCUAUAGGCCCUUCCUUUAGUGCCCGAAUUCCCAAGAGCAAUGUGAACCCUGUCAACGAAUAACGAGUUUAGUCGAGGACCGGCAGAUUCAAACAACCGUGCUCGACGCAAGGAGCGCCUUCAAACCAGACGCUCAGAAUCUCAUGAUGGCGCAGCGACUCCAGCCCCAUCGACAGCAACUGGAGAGCUGGGAACUAUGAAGAACGGGAAGACUAUUUCAUCCCCACCUUCCAUCCCACCGAUCACUGCCUCG